CCAGGCUCCGGGACGCGUCGCCCGUCGCCAAGGGACAGGAGCCGGAGCCGCCCCGCCCGGGAGCUUCCCCCUGCGGCGGGCCGGGCCGGGCCGGGCUCCCCGGGAGGCGGCGCUUCGGGGCUGGAUGUGAGCCCCCCGCCCCCCGCACCACGCGGGAGGCAGCGCCGGCAGCAGCGGCAGGAUUUCCCAUCUGGUCGCGGAAGGCGCCGCCCCGCCCCGCCCCGCCCCGCCCCGCCCGAGCAGGUCCCCUCCGAGCCGCGAGCAGCGCCGGCCCAUGGGGCAGCCCUUGCUGAGCGCACUGGCGCCGGCCCUGGGAGCAACCUGGUGAGAUCUUUUGGCAGCAGCCUGCCCGGGACCGCUCGGCCUCGGGGGCAGAAAUAACAGGAUUACACGACGGGAAGAGAUGCCUUUCCCGGGGUGGACAGUGGGUUUCCUCCUGCUUUGGGAAGUUUCCUUGGGUCUUUACUUUCCCAGGAGAGAAUACUCUGAAAAUGUCUACAUAGAUCAGCCUGCAGGGACACCGCUACUGCACAUCCAUGCCUUGCAGGAUUUUCAUGGGGAGGAGGUGCACUUUCAGCUGUGUCAGCGUAUCCUUAUUCAUCGAAUUGGGACACAUGAAAAUCAGUGGUUUCAAAUCAAAGAAAAAACAGGGCUUCUCUACCUCAAUAAAAGUCUGGAUAGAGGAGACUUCGAUAUCCUGUCUGGAGGAAACUGGGUUUCAUUACCAAAGGCAGUUCUUCAGGUCUCUCUUUCAUCCCAUCCCUUCCAAGGGAAAAAAUGUGAAUCUCCCACUUACGCUGUGGUUUCUCUCUUCAUCAUCAAUGCCACUGCACCAGCUUGCAGUUCUCGGAUAGCAAGGCAGCUCUGCUUCACAGAAAUGGACCUCUCCUUUCACAUCAAAGAGAAUAAACCACCCGGCAUGUUUCAUCAGCUUCAGUUACCCCAAGUACAGCAUAUGUGUCAGAACCUCAGCAUUUCCUACAAAUUGCUAGCAGCUGAAGGGCUGCCAUUUCGCUACAAUGAGUCGACCACAGGGGUGAGUGUGGUACAACGGUUGGAUCGGGAAGAAAGAGAGAAGUAUGAGUUGAUUGCCAAAUGUACAGUGAGAGAAGGUUCCAAGGAGAUGCAGGUUGAGGUGCCUUUUCUGGUGAAUGUAUUAGAUGAAGACGACUCUCCCCCCUUCCUUUUCAAUGGCACUAGCACGGCAGAUGCUAUUGUGAAAUUCAACAGAAAAGAGGGAACGGCUGUAGCAGCACUGACAGUAUGUGAUGCAGACACUACACCUAUUUACCCUCUCGAAAGCAGCAGGAAGAAGUACACAGGAACCAUCAUUACAGCUGAUCCCUGGAUAAAUGAAACAUUUCGUGUGGAGCACUUCUUCCAUGAAAUCCGUUUCAGCCCAAAUGGUAGCCAAGUGAGGGGAACUCUGCAUGAAUACAAACUGGUACUGGAUAAAAAUAUUUCAGUCUCAGAGAACCGUUCCUUCCAGUUGGAUGUUCUGGUGAAUGACACAGAGUUUCAUGGCCCUGAAAGAUCACUGAUGCUCCACUUCAAUGUUUCCAUUCUUCCUGUCAGCAUUCAAUUUCCUAACAUGACAUACCAGUUCAUAGUUAACAGAAAUGCUGAACGUUUUGCACAGAUUGGAAAAGUCUGCAUCGAAAACUGUAUGAAGUUCUGUGGAGUAAACAUUACCUACAGAUUGCUGCCCCCCAAUGUUAGCUGCUAUGCUGUGGGAAUACUUCAGGCCCGAGAAGAGAAAUAUGGAAGCCUGUAUGUGAAUGAUUCUUCUGUGCUGCACAGACCUGAAUGCAAAGAAAUACAAUACCCUGUUAUAGCAAUGGACAAGCAGAGCAAGAAACAUGCCAAAACUCAGCUCACUAUUGUGUUGGAAGGAACACUUCUUGAGAGAGAGGAGGAGUGCCCAGACUCUUGUGCUGUGAGUAAGCACCGCAUUGAAUGUGAAGAAUGUGGUGGCUUAGGAGUGCUAACAGGGAAAUGCAAGUGGAGACAGGGAAGUGGAGAAGGAAUCACGUCCAAUUAUUCUACCUGCACUCCAAGCAUCAAGACUUGUCCAGAUGGCACCUGUGAUGUUAUUGAGAGCAAGGAUCCUGCCGUGUGCCCUCAAGACUGCACAAGUGGGAUCAUCGUUGGUGGCCAUGAGAGAGGCAUUCUUGGAAUUAAGUCAGGAUAUGGGGUUUGUUAUUGCUUUCCAAGGGAAAACUGUUACUGUGAGAAAGAUUAUAUUACUGAGACGCUGUGUGAUGAUGUGUGCAAGACUGUGAUAGCAGGUGCAGUUCUGCUGUCCUUCAUUAUCUCAGUGUUGCUGUCUUCUUAUUUCAUUCACCGUUACCACAAGAAUACUCCAAAGCCACCUAUUGCCUCAGCAGAAAUGACUUUUCGGCGCCCUGCUCAGUCCUACCCCAUCAGUUAUUCUUCCACUAAUGUCCGCCGACCAUCACUGGACUCAAUGGAAAACCAGGUGUCAGUAGACACCUUUAAAAUACCAGAGGACCCAAAAUGGGAAUUUCCUCGGAAGAACCUGGUUCUUGGCAAGACUCUAGGAGAAGGAGAAUUUGGAAAGGUAGUCAAGGCAACAGCAUUCAGACUCAAAGGGAAAGCAGGCUAUACCACUGUGGCAGUGAAAAUGCUAAAAGAAAAUGCUUCCCAGAGUGAGCUGAGAGAUCUCCUUUCAGAGUUCAAUCUCUUGAAACAGGUUAACCACCCUCACGUCAUCAAACUUUAUGGGGCUUGCAGUCAAGAUGGACCACUGUAUUUAAUUGUGGAAUAUGCAAAGUAUGGCUCGUUACGCAGUUUUCUCAGGGAAAGUCGGAAAGUGGGACCUAGCUACGUAGGCAGCGAUGGCAACAGAAAUUCAAGCUACUUGGACAACCCAGAUGAGAGAGCCUUAACAAUGGGAGACCUCAUCUCAUUUGCAUGGCAGAUAUCUCGAGGAAUGCAGUACCUUGCAGAAAUGAAGCUUGUUCAUCGGGAUUUAGCAGCCAGAAAUGUGUUGGUCGCAGAAGGACGCAAAAUGAAGAUUUCUGAUUUUGGCUUAUCUCGAGAUGUUUAUGAAGAGGAUUCCUAUGUCAAAAGAAGCAAGGGUCGGAUACCUGUCAAAUGGAUGGCAAUAGAAUCCCUGUUUGAUCAUAUCUAUACAACACAAAGCGAUGUAUGGUCAUUUGGAGUUCUGCUCUGGGAGAUUGUAACCCUGGGAGGUAAUCCCUAUCCAGGUAUUGCUCCCGAAAGACUCUUUAACCUCCUAAAAACAGGCUAUAGAAUGGAGAGACCAGAAAACUGCAGUGAAGAAAUGUAUAAUCUGAUGUUGCGCUGCUGGAAACAGGAACCAGAUAAGAGGCCAACAUUUGCUGAGAUCAGCAAGGAAUUGGAGAAAAUGAUGGUGAAGAGUAGGGACUACUUAGAUCUUGCAGCUUCCACACCCUCUGACUCCUUACUUUAUGAUGACGGGCUCUCAGAAGAGGAGACUCCCCUCGUGGACUGUAAUAAUGCUCCCCUCCCUCGAACCCUUCCUUCCACAUGGAUUGAAAACAAACUCUAUGGCAUGUCAUACCCGAACUGGCCUGAGGAGAGCCCCGUUCCACUCACAAGAUUCGAUGGCACUAACUCUGUGUUUUCAAGAUAUGCAAAUGAUAGUGUUUAUGCUAACUGGAUGGUUUCACCCUCAGCGGCAAAAUUUAUGGACAAGUUUGAUAGUUAAAAAUGUCUUGGUGAAAGGUAAUGGACUCAUGAGGGGAAAAAACUUGCAAAGAAUGCAAAGUCUAUUGGCUCGUUCUUUGUGUAUUUAAAACUGGUUAAACCAACAGAUUUCUGGAGUAGCAAACUCUUUUUUUCUUUUUGGUAGUUCUAAAGUGGCGUUAUUCAUGAUGAAGAAUAUAAUAGAUGAUUUCCCCUUCCACAAGACAUAUCAAACCAAUAAGAGUUGUAGUUCUAGUACUUAUUUUUAGCCUGCCAUUUUGCAAACAGUCUACUUUGGUAACUGUUUAUUGCAAAUGGCCAUGAAUUUCAUGCUUACAAUAAUUUUAGGUCAGCCAUCCUAUAUUGCAAUUUUCUUGGAUGGGAAAAUGUUCUUGUACUUGAACUGCUCCUUCUUAUGGUGGUGGUGAAUAAAAGGCCACUUGAUCUAAUCAGGAAGCACAAACAGUAGAUGUAGGGUGUUGGGGGGUGCGGGUGGGAAUUCUUCCAAAAUUGAGCUUGGUAUAGAAUCAAGAGCAUCGCCAUGAUUUUGGCAUUAAUGAAGCCUUUAUCUUGGUUUAAAAGCAAACAUUAAGUAACUCAGUAGAGAACUUGAUAUUUAACAUCAAAGUCUUGUAAAAAUGUAUUGUUUUGUCUUAAUGAGAAAAGAGUUUGUUUUAUUAAGUUUAAACUAUUCUUACCUUUAGCACAAUGGAAAUAAAUUUGAUAUAGGAUAUAUUAUAUAGACUGAUAUCAGUCAAGAGUGCUCAUUUGACAUGAUUCAUUUCCAUUACAUCCAUUUUACUUGCAUUAAAUUGUCUCUUGUACAUUCAUGAUUCCUUCCAUGAAUUCAAAAUUUUCUUUACAGUCUACUGAACUGAGUUAAAGCAGAUAGAUAUUGUUUACACUCAUGUUCGGUGAGUUGAAGUCCUCCUCUCCAUUAAAAUCUGAUUUUACAGUUCAGUAUAUUGCCAGUACAGGACAUGUUAUUGACACAGCUCCACAUAAAACUUUAAUUUUGCCAGAGUAUGAGUAGGCAACAUGUGUACAUGGCAUAGUUUGUCUGAUGCUUUUGUUAUUAAUGGAUUAGUUAUACCAUACAGUCAAAAUGUCACCCAGAUUUGUUAGGGGUACAUUAAAAAUAAUUAAAAAAAAAAAAAAGAUGUGCUACAACAUUGACUUGGUGUUUAGGUGAAUGAUCUGACUCUUAUAGAGCUUGUAUGGAAGGCUAGAUGGUCAGCACUACUUUUCUGUCUUUUAUUUGUAAAUUAAUACCUGUGGAAGAGAUUUUGUUUGUUUGUUUGUUUUCUAAAGAUGUUAGAACAUAAAUCCUGAACGCUUGUUAUUACCCUUGUGAUGACUAUUCUUAAAUAAUCCAAUUAUACCAAAGCGUGCUCCUAUCUCUUAAAUUCCAGCCUGUCUGUUUUCACAUGUUGUUUUUGUGUGUCAGCACAAUGUGUGUCCAUUAAAGUCUGUGAUUUAAGAAGCAAAUGACUCAGAUUGCCAAAAACUUAACCCAGGUCUGCAACAACAAAAAGUACAUAUGUAAAGCACUAUGUUAGAAUUUAUGCACUGGUUUGUAAAGGAGUAUUGUAUUUUAUUAUAACUUGGUUUUGGACAAGCA